CGCUGAUUGGCUGACGGCUGGUGAAGCGAUUUCAGGGCAACGAACUCAGAGUGGAGGAGAGAGCUAAACAACUGAAAGUGGAGAACUGCUAUAUACCAUUGAAGGAUGGGUGAUGUGAAAAAUGAGACAAGGUCAAAUAUAACACCGGACACACCUGGACGGCCUCCUGUCUUGAAUCCUUUUGAGAGUCCCGGUGAUUAUGCAAGACUGCACAAGCCGGUGGUUCCCAGCCCCUCUGUCUUCAGAUUGGUGAAAACCCCUGAUUCUGAAACUCCUGGUAAAUUUAGAUGGUCCAUUGGGGAGCUUGCCAUUUUACAUCCAAUUGAUAUUGAUCCAGAAGAUGUUCACCAGCAAUCAUCAUAUAUGAACUGUACCAGAUUAGAUAAUGAGAUUGAGGCAAGAAACCAAAAAGCCAUUGAAGAGUUUUUUUUGAAUAGUCUCAUUGUUCCUUCUCCUUGGACUCAAACUUCAGGAAAACCAAUUACACAGUCUUAUCGAACCAAAUGUUCAUCCUUGAAUAGGAAUUCUUCAGUUAACUCAAAAGGAUCUGGUGUGUUGCCUGGGAAGCAUAAUGCAGCUUGUCAGACCUUGUUGUCGUUACCUGUGGACUUUGAUCUAGAAAAAAUAAUAGGUGAAUACUAUAAAUCAGAAGAGCCUGUGGACCAGUCACAUGAAAGUUUGAGUGCCUCUUCACUUCGAAGGAAACUAUUUAUAGAUGGUGAAAGAAGUUACUCCGAUAGCUCUUCCCUCGCUUCUCCAGAGCAAAGUCCUAGUGCUGAUCCUAUCCAAUGCCACGGACAUCAAUGUUCACUGGAGUCUUCUCCAGCUAUGUGUAAAAGCACCAUAAAAACACCUAGUUCUGGGCAGUUUUCAUCAAGUCCCAUCCAAGGUGCAGGAAGGGCAUGCAGUUUAGGAAGCAUUACAAGCCCCAUGUUUCGAGAAAAGUCUUCUCCUAAUCCUGCAUCACCACCUUUGUCUCCAAUUGGACUUCAGUUUGACAAAUGCCCAAGUUCAGGAGGGGAGGACCUCGCUUUUAUGUCUCCUGUUGUUCCUUCUACAAUGAUCUUGGAUGGGAGCGUUGACCGUUUUACAGUAUCUCCUUUCAUAGAAGGAUGUUCACCCAUUAAAACAUGCCCUGUGAAUCCACGACUUCACAACAUUCUUUGUCACACCUCUCCUGAGAAGAUAUCUUUUCUACGUGAAUGCAAAGAUGAACAGAGAACUCAUUCUACAGCAGAAACUAACAAGCAGCCUGAGCUGGAUGCAAAGUUGUUUCUCGAAGUAGACAGUAAAGCAAAUUGCAUUCUAUCUCAUAACUAUUCGGUCAAUGAAAACAUAAUGGCCCUUGAGAGUGGGAACGAGGAUCAUACUGUUGAUAUGGCAGAUCUAGGAACAAAUGAGGGGUGCGAUAGCAUUUGGAUGAAGGAAAAUGUAACAAGUAUUAGUAUUCCAAUGACUAGUUCAAUGACUGGAAUUGCAUUUAAUGUAGAUAGCCCUCAUCUGUAUUUGUCACCACUAGCAGAAAGCAGUGUUAUUCCUUUUGAGGGCAUUAGUAUCCAGGCUGAUAGUGGAUAUAAUACACAAACCACUUCUGGCUAUAGCAUAGGGGAUGCUAUUGGAACAGAUAGCCAGCUUGAUAAAGAGCAUUUAGAACCACAGACACGAGCUGGAACUCUACCUCUAAAUAAGUCCGAUGCCAAACCUCUUAAGGACUUCCCUGUGUUGGAAUGCAAGGAGAACAACGAUGUAUUAGGAAUGAACUCAUCUGCUAACUUAUAUAAGCCUUUUCCCGUCAAUAGACUGCGUGUAACACACGAUAUGGUGUUAAGCCAGAACAUUUGCUACUUGAAUACCUGGAAAAGUCCCUGUGAACAGACAUUAGCUAGAAUAUUUAAAAAGAAUGCAAGAUUUUCGCCACCUCAGCUGCACGAGAAGUCAUCUUGUUUUAUAAGACAACCCCUUGAAAUGACAGUGGAGGAACCUGAACCUAUUGGCGAAAGCUCUAUGUUCUUAUUUUAAACAAGUACAAAUGGCAGAAAGAUCUACCCAUUGAAGCUUGAAUUCGAUUAUUGACUAUGAAUGUAAAAUCCAUUGUAAAGGUCUCAGUUUGGUUCACUAAUAAUCUGAAAAUAUAAAAAAAACACCAGGACGAGUGACAGCAAAGUUCCAAUCAGCACUUCUAAAAAUGCCAAUUGCAUAUAGAUAAAGAAAUGCUUUUCGUAAAAUACCUUAAUUUACUGAUCAGCUGCUCUGUCACCUAUAAAUCAUGCACAGUUACAAUCUUCUAUUUUUCAUACAAUUUGACCUGUAAGUUAAUAGUCCCAUUCUCCAACUUGUUUGUCGACUGUGUUCUUACACCUUAGCAUGUAUUGUACAUUAACCUAAAUCUUAUGUAUAUAUAGAAUGAAUUCAAUGAUAUUUUAAAUGAUCUAAAAUCAGUGGUAACUUACUAUCUGUCAAACAGCUACCACCACAUCUAACUCACAAUCUUAGCACUGAGAAGCAAGUUCUUCAAUGCACAGAAAGACUGGUACAAUCAUGUAUAAAUUGGGGUGGGGGGGGGAAGGUUUAUAAAAGAUUCUGGUUUGAAUUGUGCUCCUGAUUUCAGUAAAUGUUUUGAAAUAGCAAAACAAAAAUCCUUUGUUUACAUUUUAGACCCACAGGUCUAGCUAUAAAGGUCUACUUGAAACAUUUUGUACUGAAAAAUAACCUCGUGCUUUUUAAAGUCUCAAUAUUUAAUAAAAAAAGUUUCUAAAUCUUGUAUUUUUUUUAAACUUUGCAGAUUUAUGUAUUUUUCAUAUUGCAUUUAAAUGAAGAAUUGAAAUUAUGCUGAUUUUGGGUUUGGUGCAGUAGCCUGUUUCAUGCAAUACCUCACUGUUGAACUUGUGUUUUAUUUGUAAGAUCAACACUAAGAGCAAAUUCAAAUUAAAAAUUUCCAGU